AUGGGCCUGUCUGCAGAUUUGUUUGUGCAGAAAAGAAGCGCGGCUAGUAGCUUGAAGCAGCCUAAAGAGCUUGGCUUUUACUCCAAAACACAAGAGGGGCAAUUUCUUGUGAAUGAUAGCUCCAAACUCAGUUACUACUAUCUCCCAGACACAGAGCUUGAGAGGAAUUUGGACCUUUGUAGCGGGAUUAAAAAGUUCAAAGAGUGCUUUGGGAACCCCGAUGUUGAUGCAUGUACGCUUAGCGGACUUUUAAAAACAAUACAGGCCUAUGAAGAACGUAAAAACAAGAAAGUUCCAGCUGAUAUCAUAACUUUCAGGGGAAUCAUGAGGAAGUUGAUAUCAGCAGCAUUCGAUAGUCCAAAAUAUAAUCGCGUCGAUCUGCGGGUCUUAUCUUUUAAUGGACAGCUUUUCAUUCGAGAGCCAAAUCAAGCACAUCCACCUCCAGCUAAUACAAGUUCGAUGGAAUACCGCUCAUACUACAGUGGCUAUAAAUUUGAGACUCUUUCAACCAUAUCGAAACCGCUCCCACAGGUCACGAGAAACAGUUUGGAGAAAAGGCAUAAGAGGAUAUGUUGCAAUGGUGAUCAGUACAUUACGGUUGUGAGGUCCGGUGUUGGACACUGUAAGCUAGUCCUUGGAGCAGAAGUGGAUUGCGUAUUUGAUUUCACUGAAGAUUCUUCUGACAACCUCAAACACUACGCGGAGUUAAAGUGCACUAAGGGCGUAUCAACUUUUGCAGAAGCGCGCGCUUUUGAAAGAAAAAUGUUCAAAACAUGGCUACAAUGUUUUCUAGUUGGAAUUAACCGGGUCAUUUAUGGGUUUAGAGACGAGAAUUUCAUUUUACGAAGUGUUGAAGAGUAUUCCACCCAAGAAGUUCCCCUUUUACUUAAGAACAACAACCCUCAGUUGACAAACGCGUGUAUGGAUGCCGUUAGGUGGUACGGUGCACUCACAGAGUGGCUGCUGUCUAGUAUUCCUCGAGAAGAGUCAGCUGAACACAUAAGAGCUUACAGAUUGACCUUUGAGAACAAUCACCUCAAACUUGUCGAGAUUGAAAAAAGUGAUACUGAAUACGACCAGCUAGUGAAUGGAGAAGGCAUUUUGACUUCGGAGUUUAGAGAAUGGAGGAAAAGUUUAAACAAGUCUCUUUAA